AUGGCCCAGCCUACGGCCGAGCCUGUGGAGGACUAUGAUUAUGAAGCUCUUCCACCCAACUUCUCCUUGCUGCAGAACAUGGCAGCAGGAGCGUUCGCUGGCAUCGCUGAACACACGGCUAUGUAUCCCAUUGAUGCAGUCAAGACGCGAAUGCAGAUCCUCAACCCGACCGCAACACCGGCCUACACUGGCGUCAUGCGCAGUACCUACCAAAUAGCAUCUAGCGAAGGUCUUUUCAGUCUUUGGAGAGGUAUGUCCAGCGUCAUCGUAGGCGCUGGGCCUGCUCACGCUGUCUACUUUGCGACAUACGAGGCCGUCAAGCAUGCGAUGGGCGGCAACCAGGCCGGCGUGCACCAUCCUCUUGCUGCUGCUUCCAGCGGUGCUGCGGCCACGAUUGCCAGUGAUGCGUUCAUGAACCCAUUCGAUGUGAUCAAACAGCGCAUGCAGAUCCAGAACUCGAAGAAGAUGUACAAGUCCAUGGUCGACUGCGCCAGAUAUGUGUACAAGAAUGAGGGCCUCGGCGCUUUCUACGUAUCAUACCCCACGACCUUGUCCAUGACGGUCCCUUUCACCGCCCUGCAAUUUCUCGCCUACGAGUCCAUCUCAACUAUGAUGAACCCCACGAAACAGUACGAUCCUUUGACACAUUGCGCCGCCGGCGCCGUGGCUGGAGGUUUCGCUGCUGGCCUCACGACGCCCAUGGAUGUCAUCAAGACAAUGCUACAAACCAGGGGAACGUCCUCGGAUCCCCAGGUGAGAAACGUCAACGGCUUCAUGGGCGGCUGCCGGCUCUUGCUCCAGCGCGAGGGCUUCAGGGGCUUCUUCAAGGGUGUGAAGCCUCGGAUAAUCACAACGAUGCCCAGCACGGCGAUCUGCUGGUCAGCUUAUGAGUUUUGCAAGGCCUACUUCAUCAAGCUUAAUAGCACGAGCUCGUAA